GGUUUAGGGAAUUACGGAGAUACGAAGGCCGAGGCCCGGAAUCCGAACAACUCUCGGGCUGUACCCAAUCCUUCGGCGGAGUUAAGCCAGGACAAGCAUAUCUUUGUUGCCUGUAAUAGUAUUUAGAUGGCUCAUCUCUCCCAGCUGACUUUUAGUACUAGCAAAAUAAUAUCCAUCAUCACAUCAUCACCAUAUCUCUAACAUAAUAACCAUGUCCAAAAUCGUCCUCAUCACCGGUUCCAACACCGGCAUUGGCUUCGAGAUUGUCAAAGCUCUGGCUGGGUCCGAUCAGGACUACACUAUUUUGAUGGGUGGCCGGUCGCUUGAAAAGGUGCAUGAUGCCAUCACCACCGCGAAGAAAGAAUUCCCUUCCUCUGCCAGUACCUUUGUUCCCAUUCAAGUUGAUAUCGAGUUUGAUGACUCGAUCGACCGUGCUUUUGCCGAGGUACAAUCGAAGUAUGGCAAGGUGGAUGCGCUCAUCAACAACGCCGGCGCACAAUUCGACUUGGCUACUGAGCAGCUAGGAGUUCGUGAAAUGUGGAACCGCACAUGGAACGUCAACACAACGGGCACGCAGAUCCUAACAUCCACCUUUGCCCCAUUGCUGCUCGAGAGCUCCGACCCGCGUCUGCUAUUCAUCACAUCUGGCACUUCUACGCUCGCAGGGACCGAGGAUUCGGCAAUUCCCAUCAACAAAGUCCCGCCGAAGGGAUGGCCCAAGACCGGCUUGAGUCUCCCUGCCUACCGUAGCGCCAAAACCGGGCUGAACAUGCUCAUGCGCGAGUGGCAUCGCUGGCUGAAGGAGGACGGUGUCAAGGUGUUUGCUAUUUCUCCCGGCUUUCUGGCGACGGGACUGGGUGGUGGCCCUGAGGUUGCUAAGAAGAUGGGGGCUCUUGAUCCCUCGGUCGCAGGGCCAUUUAUUCGCAGUGUCGUUGAGGGUCAGCGGGAUGCUGAUGUUGGAAAGGUUCUCAGCAGGGAUGGAGUGCAGGCGUGGUAAGGCUGUGAUUAACCAUGGGAAAUAGGUAGUAGAUGAAUUGAACUUUUUAAUGGUUUUAUUCCGUCAUUGGCUUUACAAACUACGGUUGUUCUGUAGAGUGGCAGCAUUUGGAAAUUGC